AUGGCCGACCAAGCUGCCGUUGACCAGGCGGGGGCUUCUGUCGCAAACCUCCAGCUUGACGAAAUCACCGGCGAGAGAGUAUCCAAGUCGGAAUUGAAGAGAAGACAGAAGCAGCGUGCUCUAGAGGAAAAGAAGGCCGAGAAGGCUGCCGCUGCUGCCGCUGCGGCACCUGCAGAGGGCAAGAAGAAGAACAAGGAAGAAGAUGAAUCCCAACUCACGCCCAACCAAUAUUUUGAGAUCCGAAGUACCAAAAUCAACCAGCUUCGGCAGACCAAGGAGCCCAACCCAUACCCCCACAAAUUCCAGGUCACAGAUGACCUCCGCCAGUUCCUCAAGGAAUUCGAUUCGCUGAAGAAGGGAGAGCAGAAGCCCGAGAAGGAAGUGCGCAUUGCCGGAAGAAUAUAUACGAAGCGUUCUUCGGGAGCCAAACUUAUCUUCUACGACCUCCGUGCAGAGGGCGUGAAGGUGCAAGUUGCGUGUCAGGCCCAGGAGGCCACUGGUGAUGUGCCUUUCGAAGCCCAGCAUGAACAGCUACGAAGAGGAGAUAUUGUUGGUAUCGUUGGGUUCCCCGGACGCACUAACCCAAAGAACCGGGAUGAUGGUGAGCUCUCGAUCUUUGCCCGUCAGGUCAUCCUUCUGUCGCCAUGCCUCCAUCAGAUCCCUUCAGAGCAUUACGGCCUGAAGGACCAGGAGCAGCGAUUCAGACAGAGAUAUCUAGAUUUGAUCAUGAAUGACUCUUCAAGAAAUGUCUUUGUUACUCGCUCCAAGAUUGUCAGCUAUAUCAGACGAUACUUUGAUGAGCGUGAUUUUGUUGAGGUUGAAACUCCAAUGAUGAAUGCUAUUGCUGGCGGUGCUACCGCUAAGCCUUUCAUUACCCACCACAACGAACUCAACAUGAACCUAUUCAUGCGAAUUGCCCCCGAGUUGUACCUCAAGAUGUUGAUUGUUGGAGGCCUUGAGCGUGUAUACGAGAUGGGUCGUCAGUUCAGAAAUGAAGGUAUCGACCUUACUCAUAACCCUGAGUUUACCACUUGUGAGUUCUAUUGGGCAUAUGCCGAUGUAUAUGACCUCAUGAAUGUCACCGAAGAUCUUGUCUCUGGCCUUGUCAAGCAUGUGACUGGUGGCUACGAGACUGUAUUCCAUACCCAGAGCGGCGAGCAGUACAACGUCAACUGGAAGGCCCCAUGGAAGAAAAUUGAAAUGAUCCCGGCUCUUGAAGAAGCCACUGGCGAAAAGUUCCCCCCAGGCGAUCAACUUCACACUGAGGAGACCAAUGAGUUCUUGAAGGGGGUCCUGAAGAAAGUCAACGUCGAAUGCACCCCACCGCUCACCAAUGCCCGAAUGCUUGACAAGCUUGUUGGUGAAUUUAUUGAAGAGAAGUGUAUCAACCCAUCGUUCAUUAUCGGACAUCCACAAAUGAUGUCUCCACUGGCCAAGUAUCACCGUGAUCAUCCGGGUCUGUGUGAGAGAUUUGAAGCUUUUGUCUGCAAGAAGGAAAUAGUUAACGCUUACACCGAGUUGAACGAUCCUUUCGACCAAAGACUACGCUUUGAGGAGCAGGCCAGACAGAAGGAACAGGGUGAUGAUGAAGCACAAAUGAUAGAUGAGAAUUUCUGUACCAGUUUGGAAUAUGGUCUUCCACCCACUGGUGGAUGGGGUAUGGGUAUUGAUAGACUGGUGAUGUUCUUGACCGACAACUACAGUAUCAAGGAGGUUCUGGCUUUCCCAUUCAUGAAGGAGGACAAGACUGCUGUAAAGGACAAGGACCAUCUCGCGGCGGAGGUUGUUGGUGUUGAGCCUACCCCUGUUGAGGGCAUUCGUAAGUCCCCUUACUGUUCCCCCCAAGAAUAUUUCCCAAACUGA